UUGUCAACUGUCUUCUCCGUGUUAUACUCGCGUGCAUUGCAGUCACACGAAGCGAGAAAAGGAAGAGAGAAGAAGAGAUUCUAGAGAGAGAACGCAAACCCUCUCUCUUUUUCAACAUUGCAAUUUCCGUUCCCUUUUGAGAGAACCCUUCUUCAUCUUCUCUAUUCUUCUGGGUUCUCUCAAUCUCCAUCUUUUCUCUUCAAAUCCUCUUCUGUUCUUCCUGCAUUUUCAAAUCCAAUUUUCUGGUGAAAUUUGCAUAGUUGGAAAGUGGUAAAGGGGUUUGAUUCGAUUGUUGUCAGGUGUUUGAAGGCAAUGAUGAUGUAAUAUGGAAAGUGCUCUUUACACGAUUACAACAACAACAACAACAACAAUAACAAGAACAUGUCGUUUUACAUUGGUCGCGAGGCUUCAAAGCUAUGGAAGAGAGUUUGUGCAGAAACAACUACAGAGAUCAACCUCCUUGCGGAGAAUUGGAAGUACCUUCUCGGUGGUCUAGUUUGUCAGUACAUUCAUGGUUUGGCUGCCAGAGGAGUUCAUUAUUUACAUAAGCCUGGCCCGACGCUACAGGAUCUUGGUUUCUACCUUCUUCCGGAGCUUGGGCAAGACAACGCUUACAUUAGUGAAACUCUGUUUUCUGCUAUCUUUUUAUCAUUUGUACUGUGGACGUUUCAUCCUUUCAUAUUCAAGAGCAAAAAGAUCUACACAGUUCUAAUAUGGUGCAGGGUUCUAGCUUUCUUAGUUGCUUCUCAAGCUCUUCGAAUAGUGACAUUUUAUUCCACGCAGCUUCCUGGUCCAAACUACCAUUGCCGUGAGGGAUCUAAACUUGCGACACUGCCUCGUCCAGAAAGUGUCCUUGAAGUCCUCUUGAUCAAUUUUCCUCGUGGCGUGAUAUAUGGAUGUGGUGAUUUGAUAUUUUCAUCACACAUGAUCUUCACUCUAGUCUUUGUUAUUACAUAUCAAAGAUAUGGCACACGAAGGUGUAUAAAGCAGCUAGGGUGGUUUCUUGCUGUGACUCAAAGUCUUCUGAUAAUAGCAUCUCGCAAGCAUUAUACAGUUGAUGUAGUUGUUGCCUGGUAUACUGUGAAUUUGGUGGUAUUUUUUGUUGAGAAGAAAUUGCCAGAAUUGCCAGACCGGACUACUGCAGCUUCAGCCCUGCUUCUACCAUUGAGCACCAAAGACAGAGAUGGCAGAACCAAAGAAGAGAACCACAAGUUAAUGAAUGGGAAUUCCAUUGACCCUGCAGAUUGGAGACAGAGAACGCAAACAAAUGGUAAGAUUCUGGAAGAUGGCCAUGCUGACUCUGCCAUGAAUGGUGCCUAGGUAUAUGAGCUUCUGCUGCACAAAUUGGAUCUGCUGCAAUAUUGAACUUGGGAAGCUGCAACCUUCAAUCAGAAGAUUUUGUUAAAUGGAAAUAUUUAGUUGGCCUGAUUUGUAUUAAAUACAUUGUAAUUGGGUUGUGGUUUUUUUAACAUAUUGCAGCCUCAUUGUAAAAUUUUCUAGCAUCAGCAGGCGCUUCAGAAAAUUUUCAUUCCA